CUCGCCUCUGGAAAUCGUCAGGGACAUAAUACGCUGAUGCAUGACGACAUCGUCGUAUACCAUCAUAAUAAUCAAAUAGCCUAGGCCUAGAAUUACCUAUUGAAUUUAUCUAACAAAAUGCCCCGUGGAGGAAGAAGUCGUGGCAGAUCUGCCUCACCCGUUAGACUAUCAGCACCACCAAGGACAGUUACAGCUCCACGUCCUCAACAGAGAUCCCCAGUGCCAGUACAGCAGCAACCAUCUAUGGUAGGGACCCCUGGUCAAUCACGUAGCCCAGGACUAUUUGGCCAGAUGGCCGCUACAGCUGGUGGUGUGGCCAUUGGAUCUGCCGUGGGACAUGCUGUUGGAGCAGCCAUGACUGGAGGAGGGGGAAACUCUCAGCCCGAUGUUACCUAUCAAGAGCAACAGCCCAUGCAGCAAUACCAACCUGUGCAACAACAGAACCAACAAAAUGGUGCAUGCAGCUACGAACUCCAGCAGUUCCUUCAUUGUGCAGAAACUCAACAUGACCUCUCACUAUGUGAUGGAUUCAAUGAGGCCUUGAGACAAUGCAAACUAUCUUUCGGUAAAUAACAGUUGUUAACAUGGUGUCUCCACAAAUAAAUCAUAAGAAUGACAUUGAUUGAAAUGGUCAAACUCAGGAAACAUCACUUCAACAAACUGAAAGUAUUUUAAUUAUUAUUGAUAGUAAUUAAUACAGUACUGAAUUAAUUGAUGAAUGAUGUGUAAUUGCUUUCCAUCCGAAUUGUGCAGUGUUUGAAUAAAAUAGAAUAUAAACCAAUUUUAAGAACUGGAGUAGUUGAAAUGUUAUUGGUUUUAUCACACUACAAAAUUACAUAAAGAUAGAGCUGCUGUGCAGUGAAUAACAUAUGUGAUAUCUGAAAUUAAUGAUAGAAACACAGCUUUCUUCGGGAAUAUUUGAAAAUAAAAGUCGUAUGUAUGCUACAA